AUGUCAUGUUACUCGGGUGCUUCAGGGCACGGUAUCCCAUCCACAGCCAACGGCCACGAGCGCACCACACGCAUUCUCGUGCUUGGCGAAGCAAGCGUCGGCAAGACUCUCCUCAUCCGGCGCCUGUGCGACCACAUUUUCGGCGACACGUCUCUUAAGGGCUCUGAUGGCGGGUCAGGCUCCGCGAGUCCUUAUCAAUCACCGAGCGUGGUGGACGAGGACGAUCUCGGCCCCGAGUGGGGACCGACGGUGGGGAUCGCCGUGAAUGCCCUGAAGCGCGCCACCACGGUGCUGGACGACACCGUCGCCAUACCGAAUCUGACGACGCCUUCGCUGUACAAUACGGCGACUGUGAUGAAGCACACGGCGCCUUCAUUCAGCUGCUACUCUGGUGAGACGAACAGCUACGCCAAUCCUUCCUUCUACAGCACCCAAUGCUCGACCAACAGCUACGGGGGAACCAACAGUAUGCUCCAGUAUCGAGGGCAGGGCUGGACCGGCUCGAACAACUCUGUCUCCCUUCCGUAUCAAAUGACAACCCCCUCACGUCAACAUCGAAAAACGGUGUUGCAGACCAUCGAGUUUCAUGAGUUAGGUGGCACCCACGGAUACCGCGAUAUCGCUCGACUGCCCCUGCGCAAUAUCCAAUACGAUGGUGUUAUGUUUGUGUACCAUCGCCGCAGUCUCACCAGCACGCUGUACCUCAAGGAGUGGUACCGCUGGGCUCGCAGCGUCUUUUCCGCCAGCCCGUGCAUAGGUAGCUACUACGGCACCGGUGCCAGCAAGUCUACAAAGCUCUCGAAGAGGAUGCCGAGGUUUAUGUUAGUGGGCACUCAACUAUCCGGUGACGAGCUGCCCGCUGCCGCGGCUGGCCUAGGGAAAUCUGUCAAGGAAACACUCCACAUUUCCUCUGGUGCCAUCUCUGACGAGACCCUGCUGGAGGGUAACUUGGAGGUGAAGCUGCGCACCCUGCAGUCCCCGCAAACGCUGACCCAGCGCAGUGGCGUGCUGCAUACGCUCAGCAAAAUGGUCAGCAGACUAGUGUGGCCGUACCAUGUAUGCUGGUGUCUGUUGCACCCUUUUUUCUUCCUGUCCGAGCAGUAUCAGGAAGAGAUGCAGCCACGCGGCCGACUCGUUGGGUGGGCCUCACGUGCUGUAGGGCAGCUUGUGUGGGUGCUUUACCAAGCGGAGCAGACACUGCUGUACGUGAUAGCAGUCAUUUUGUUCGGUCCCCAUCAGCAAGCUGUGGUGCUCGGCCUAUCGCGCUUGAAACAAACUCUGGAGGAGAUGCUAAAGGAUGAGCUCUGCGUAGCGCAUGCGCACGCGUGCCGCCUGGACAGCAACAUCUCCCUGCAGUCCUCCUUGGAUGAGUUGGUAGCGUUCUUUGACAUUCUCCUUCGUGACGAUGUUCCAGAGGGAGACGUGCUGCGAGGCGUUUAA